AUGGCUCUGUCUGCGUCGCUACGGAUUUCUCUCAUCGUCGCGUUCUUUGGGAUUCUGGCGUUCGUGCUUGGCGUCAUCGCCGAAAACAAAAAGCCUGCUUCUGGGACUCCUAUCCCAGGAAAGGAUGUCGUCAUCUGCAAGUUUCCAAGUGAUCCAACUCUUGCAAUGGGAAGCCUGUCCAUUGUGGCACUUGUGGUAGCUGCCAUUGUGGGCCAUGUUGCUAUCUUUUUUCCAUACUCGGGCAAGUCAGUUCCUCGUGGAGCACUGUUUCAAAGCACCAGCUUGACAGUGUUCUUUGUUGUUGCUGAGCUUGUCUCAGCCCUGGCUUUUGCAAUGUUGUUGUGGGCAACUGUCACUGAGGGACUUCACCGAAGCAAGAACAUCCACCACGACAUGAAUUACCAGUGCCCUACUGCAAAGACCGGCCUGUUUGGUGGUGCUGCUUUCCUUGCCCUUGACGCUGCUCUCUUCUGGCUUGUUUGCCAGAUGCUGGCCCUCAAUGCAAGGGCUGACUACCUGGACGAGGAUGACAACAAGGGUGAAUAUGGCCAGGUUUACGCUGCUGAAGUCGAUGGUUCAAAGGUCUGA